AUGCCGAUGUUCUUGUACGCGGAUGGUCGGGCAGGCGAUUGUCAAGCUUUUGGAACGGCUUCAGUAGUUAGUGGAGCUGACUUCCUGUGCUGCAAUGUAUGGAGACCUGCACUAGAUGAUGAUAUACAGCUUCGUGCUUCCUCUAGCGUCACCGCUACGAUAGCUUCGAUUGGCCUCGGCUCGGUGCCAGCUGGUCUCGUUUCCAUACUUUUAAUACUACACACCGUAGGAUUACCCAUCAAAGACGUGUCACUACUAUUAACAAAGCGAUUGGACGUCUCCGAUGCGCGAAAUGACUUCCGAACUGAGAUCAAGGAAGAAAUUGAAUUACUAAAAUCUGCAACAGCGAGUCGGCGGCCGUCGUUCACGUGGUCAGAACAUUCAAAAGAGGUCUAUUUUAAUGCGAUCACGACGAACGCAAACUCACGGAUUCAAUCACGAAGUGGUUCAAUCGGCAAUUUCAAUCUGUCGUGGCGUAACGCCCUACUCGAACCAGGCUACACACCAUUGAACAAGAUUGAAGACGUCUAG